GGAGGUGCCCUACACUACUCUAGCUACAAGGAUGAUGAUGGGCGUUUGGUGGAUGUUUGCUCUUAUUGUAAUUUCCUCGUAUACCGCCAACCUAGCAGCAUUCCUCACCAUCUCACGCAUAGAGAACUCCAUACAGUCCCUCCAGGACUUAUCCAAGCAGACGGAGUUGCCUUAUGGCACAGUGUUGGACUCAGCAGUAUAUGAUCAGGUCCGCUACAAGUCUAUGAACCCCUUCGAGAGAGAUCCCAUGUACUCCCAGAUGUGGCGCAUGAUUAACCGCACUGGAGGAGGAGAAAACAACGUUGAGGAGUCAAAAGAAGGCAUUCGCAAGGACUGCUGCUUGUGAUAAUUCAUGUCUGAGCCUCUGUGAUGACAUGUCGCAACAGGGCUGGGGCAAACCCCAUUUCAUU